GUCAAUUCCUAACUGAGGUGCAGUUGCUAAGCCAACUGCACCACCAACAUCUUGUUUCUCUGAUUGGGUUUUGCUAUGAGGGAAAUGGAAGAAUCCUAGUGCAUGAAUACAUGAAGCACGGGACAUUGCGUGAUUAUCUCCAAGGUCGGGAAUUUGAUCCACUCCCAUGGAAGCAGAGGCUGUUGAUAUGCAAAGGGGCGGCGCAGGGAUUACACUACCUUCAUACAGGAGCAAAGUAUGCAGUAAUCCACCGUGACAUCAGGAGCUCCCAUAUCCUUUUGGAUGAAACAUGGACUGCAAGGCUUUCUGAUUUCGGGUUGUCUAAGAUGGGUCCACUUAGCUUAUCAAAGUCGUUGAUACGAUUGCAGAGCAAAGUGGUAGGAACUCAGGGAAUUUUAGCUCCAGAGUAUGCCAGACACGGUGAACUAACUGAAAAAGCUAUUUAUACUUAUUUGGUAUAAUAUUGUUUGAGGUGAUCUCUGGAAAACCUCCAUCUCGCUUGUGGCAAGAGAACUUUGUGGAUGGUCCAUUCCGAGGGGACUAUUAUAAAUACAUCAACGGUAC